AUGGCGAACAAUCAGCUCUUCGAGCAGCUCCUGGGCCCCAUCUCGCCCAUCGCCAAGGACGCGAGGGACGAUGAUAGCGUGUCUCUGAGGCAUCUGCAGCAGGAGAACACGGGCUACACCGCACAGUCGCGGCCGCGCGCAGCGUUUGGCGCGGUCCUGGGCGACAGGGCCAACCUGCAGAGCAACUUCGAGUUUGGGCGCCCUGCGGCCAAGGGUGGCGCGCUCGGCGGCGACUUCAAGCCUUUUGCGGCGCUAUCUUCUCAACAGUACACAGCCCAAACCCCAUCCGCCGCCCCAACGCCCGCGAGUGUGACGGCCUGCACGGAUGUUGGCGGCGGCGCCACCCCCAUGUCGGCCACGCCCUCCAGUGUCGGAGCCGCCUCAGCGGCUGCCACGCCCCUGCCUGCGUCGACGCCUGCUCCCAGCCUGUCGGGGGCUCCCGUCACAGCUGCGCCGCGCACCUCCUGGGGCGAUGUCCUGCUGUGGCGCGACCCCUUGAGCAGCGCCUUCCUCUUCGCGCUGGGCCUGGGCGUAUACUUCACUGCGGCGUGGGCGAUGCGCGGCGGUGCGCCGGUGACGCCCACCUCUGCUGUGGCGUACCUGCUGCUGGCGCACCUGGGCAUCAACUUCCUCCGCUUCUUCUGCUCCGCACGCUGGCAUGCGGCGUGCCUGUGGGAGGGGUCGGCUUCGGCCGACGCUGCGGCGGAGGCUGCGGUCCGCAUGGUCAGGCGCGCGUCUGCGCUGCAUGACGCCUACCUGUCCUCCAAAGACCCCCAUGUCACGCUCGCGGUUGUGCUGAGCCUCUGGACGCUCGCAUGGCUGGGUUCCGCUCUCAGCGCCAACCAGCUGCUACUGCUGGGCUACCUGGGCGCCUUCUUUGUGCCGGCCCUGUACGUCGCCAACCGUACCACCAUCGAUGCGGGCCUGUCAGCCCUGCACCACGCCACGCUGGGCCGGAUCGACGCCAUGGAGAUGCCGCGCACGACGCGCCUGCUGGUGCUGCUGGCGGGACUGCUGACGCUGCUCGUCUGCACCACCUGGGCCCAGUUUGCAAUCGGCGCGCUGGCGGCUGCGACUUACUGGCGCACCACCCUGGCCCCUGCCGAAAUUGAGGCCAUUCGCACCGUCGCCGAGCCCCUGACCCAUGACGUCACAGCGAGCGUCCGCAAAGUGCGCGCCCGCCUGUCCGUGGUGCUGGACGACGCCCGCGCCAUGUGCAGCACCGCAGGCCCCGCCAGCCGCACUGCACCGCGCACACGCAAGGCGCAUGCGGGCUGA